UAUGUUCACAAACCAUUUCUUUCAAAUCCCCUGCUUCAGCUCUGCAUCCCUUUUCCGUUCCAAAAAAAAAGAAAAAUGGCUUCCACCACCAAACCCUCCUCCAAAGCUUCCAGAGCUCCUUCACAAACCCAAUCUUCUCUCUCCUCUCACCUCGCCAUGCUCGAUCUCAAAUCCCGCAUUCUCUCUUCUCUCUCUAAGCUCUCCGAUCGAGACACCCAUCAGAUGGCCGUCGACGAUCUCGAGAACAUAAUCGCCUCCCUUCCCCCCGACGGUUUCCCUAUGUUCCUCUCCUCCCUCCUCCACGACCCCAUCCCUUCCCCCGGCGAUCCUUCCGGCGCCCGCAGCUCCCCCAUUGUCGCCCGCCGCGAAUCCAUCCGCCUCCUCUCUCUCCUCUGCGCAGCAUACCCAGACUCUGCUGCGGCUCAUCUCCCCAAAAUCAUCAGUCUCAUUGUUCGCCGGCUUAAAGAUCCUGCAUCGGACUCUUCGCUCCGUGAUGCUUGCGGUGAUGCCGCCGGCUCACUGGCGUCCCUGGGGGCGAUCUAUCUCCGAUCCAAUGCUGAGGAAGCCGGUGGUGGACGGGCGGCGACGGUGCCGGUGGCUGGUUUGUUUGUGAAACCGUUAUUGGAGGUGAUGGGGGAACAGAGUAAGACAGUGCAGGCGGGUGCGGCAAUGUGUCUUGGGAAAGUGGUGGAAGCAGGUGGAGGAGCAGGUGGAGCUGCGGCGUUUCAGAGGCUGUGCCCGAGAUUAUGUAAGAUGAUUGGAGCGCAGAGCUUUCUUGCCAAGGGAUCGUUGCUGUCUGUGCUUGCGAAGUUGGCUCAGAUCGGAGCAGUCAGUUCCCAGAGUAUGCCUACUGUGCUGCAAAGUGCACGCGAAUGUCUCGAAAAUACCGAUUGGGCUACUCGUAAAGCCGCUGCUGAUACAUUACGUGUCUUGGCCCAAGCAAGCCAUAUAAUUGCUGAUUGGGCAUCCCAAACUAUUGCUUCUUUGGAAGCUUGCCGUUUUGACAAGGUUAAGCCCGUGAGAGAGAGUGUAAUGGAGGCUUUACAAUUAUGGAAAAUGAUUUUAGAGAAGGGGGAGGAUGGCACAGCUGAGAGCUUGAAAGUUGGUGAAUCUGGAGAUUUGGAAUUGAAGUUGGACAGUAAAGAUUUGACUCUCAAUAGUGAGAGAUCAGAAUCUGUGAAGGAUUCAUCUUCUGAUUCUUCACGGAAAGGCCCUACCCUACCAGAGAAUACAGCAGAUUUACUAAAGAUAAAGGCACCAUCUUUGAAAGACAAAGAGUUAAACCCAGAGUUCUUCCAAAAACUCGAAUCAAGAAUUUCAGAUGAUGUACCUGUUGAAGUUGUGGUACCUCGUAAAUACCCUCAGAUUUCACAUUCUAAAGACGAAGAAGAAAAAGGAGCAGCUGAUGGUGAUCCCAAGGGUGCAUUCGUUCAUGUUGUUGAUGCUGGAUGUGAAUUUAAUCAAAAUUUUGAUCAAUAUCAUCGUUAUAAUACUAGUGAAAGAAGAUUAGGUCCACAUGGCAGACAACAAAUAUCCGAUUUCGUUGCUCGAGAUAAGCGGGCCGAGCAAUUGAGGCCUAGGGACUCUUCUGCAGGCCGUUCCAGUAUCUCUCGAGUUGAUGUUCUAGUUGAAAGCUCUUUAUUGAAUAAUAAAGUAAAUUGGUUGGGCAUUCAGAAGCAGUUAUCACACUUAGAGAGACAACAAGUACUUCUUAUGAAAAUGUUGCAGGACUUCAUGCAAGGCUCCCAUGAUAGCUUAAUAACCCUGGAGGACAGAGUGCAUGGGCUUGAGCGAGUUGUUGAAGAAAUGGCGCGAGAUUUGUCAAUUUCAUCUGGAAGGAGAGGAGGAAAUAUGAUUAUCGGCUUCGAGGGAUCACCCGGAAGAUCCAGUACUUCAAAGUUUGUCCGGCCAGAAAGGUAUGCAUCAACUGAUGGCAUGGCUUCUGUGUCAAGGGGAAGAGAAUCAAGGAGGCCUGAUUCUGUGAUAUGGAAUUCAUACACGCACACGGCUCCAAGAAAUGGAGUAUUAAGCAGUAGGAGAGGUCUUAUGGCCUCUGGUGGCGAUCAAGUCAGUAGCAGGAGGGUUUGGGACAAAGUUGAAGGACAACUUAGGCUUGGCGAAGGUCCUUCUGCAAGGAGCGUUUGGCAAGCCUCGAAGGACGAGGCUACCCUGGAAGCCAUCCGAGUCGCUGGAGAAGAUAAUGCAACCUCUCGAGCCGGAACGCAACGGCCUACUCCCAGAGUGGCUAUGGAAGAUGGUAAUUCCGUCCAGGAGGGGGACACAUGGACUCGUGCAGUAGAUUUGAUUGAUAUUGGUGAUGUAGAUUCAGCAUAUGCCGAGGUGCUGUCCACAGGUGAUGUUGUGCUCCUUGUGAAGCUGAUGGAGAGAUCUGGGCCUGUUAUCAGUGAGCUCUCACAUGAAGUAGCUUAUGAAAUACUGCAUGCAGUGGGAGAGUUGCUGCUGGAACAAACCUUGUUUGAUAUAACAUUUGCUUGGAUUGAGAAGUUGAUGAAUCUGGUAGUGGAAAAUGGAGGAGAUUUUCUUAGCAUUCCUGUGGGGGUUAAGAAACAAAUUUUGAAGAACCUUCAUGGAGUAUCUACAAUGGAGCUGGAGGAGGAUGGUUAUAGGGCUUCAGCAAAACAUUUGUUAGUGCAGCUAGCUUCAGCUUGGGGUAUCAACAUUCAGCAUUUUAUGAAAUAGUCAGCUCAGAAGCUGCAAAGGCACCGAAAAUGACCACACCGGUGUAUAGUGUCCAUUUUUACAUUUUUUUUUUCUUAAUUACUAAUGGUGAAUUAAGGUUUCCUUUGUUUUUUGUGUGUAUAUGUGCAUAUUACAUUGGGUUUGGGCAGAAUCAUUUGUUAAAAGCACAACUUAGUGCAUGACUCUGAUAUUUUAUGUGAUGUCAACGAUUUGAGUGGCAUGCGUGUGAAUAUGAAUAU